GGGCUUCAUAAUGCUGCUUAUAGAUGACUUUCGCAAUAUUCACACUGUGCGACUGCCAGGGAGUGAUAUGAAACUAUCAGUGGCUACCCAUAUGACCUCUUCACUGUUAGAUAUCCACCCUUCUAUCAAAGCCCCAAAGAUGCCUAAAAGUAUUGAUGCUGUUCAUUGUUCUCCAUCUGUUUCAAUGAAUGGAAUCAUGCAAAAAUGUGUUGGGGGGAUCUCAGUUGGAAAUCUCCUAACCAUUGCUGAAAAGAUGAAGGAGUGGCAAACUUCCUUCUUUAGCUCAGUUCCAGGUUAUAGAAAGCUAAAUGGAGAGUCAGUGCAGAGUCAACUCCAUGAAUUUCGUGUUUACCAUGACUUAGCACAUGAUGAACUAUGCAAGCUAAACAGUUGUCGACUAGUCGCUGAAUUCGAACAUCCAUUAAAGUCCAUGGAAAACUAUAAGUUUGCACUUGACCACACAAUUAGCAGUGCUGGACAACCAUUAUUAAACUACACCAAGGAAUAUGCACUUCCCUGCCCUGGAGAUUGGCCUACCUGGUUUUACUUCAAGAAACUUGUUGCUCAGCAAAGUAACAGAUAUGCAUCAAGACAUUUGAUACCACAGUAGAGAACAAGGCCUUACCUCUUUCCUACAAAUUUAGUAAUGAAUAUCCUGAAAGCCUCCCAAAUCCAAAUAAACCCUAUGAUUACAAGACA